AUGCCGAGAAUCGAUAACGAACCAAAACUUGAUUUUAAAGAUGUCCUUCUUCGUCCAAAAAGAUCAUGCCUAAGAUCUAGAGCUGAUGUUUGCCUAAUUAGGGAAUUUAAUUUUAGAAAUUCAAAAAAAACAUAUUCUGGUGUUCCAGUUGUAGCUAGUAAUAUGGAUACUGUUGGUACAUUUACUAUGGCUUCUGUAUUAGCUAAAAAUAAAAUGUUUACAACAAUUCAUAAACAUUAUACUGUUGAAGAAUGGAUUGAUUUUGCUGAUAGAUGUAAUAGAGAUAAACAAAUUUUUGAUAAUAUUGCUAUUUCUGCCGGUAUGGCUUCUGAAGAUUUUGGAAAAUUAAAAAGUGUAUGUGAUGCUAUACCUGAAUUAGAUUACAUUUGUCUUGAUGUAGCUAAUGGAUAUUCAGAACAUUUUGUUGAUUUUAUACGUAAAGUUCGUGAAGAAUUUCCUCGUCAUACAAUUAUGGCAGGUAAUGUUGUUACUGGAGAAAUGGUUGAAGAAUUAAUUUUAACUGGUGCUGAUGUUGUUAAAGUAGGUAUUGGUCCAGGAUCUGUUUGUACAACAAGAAAGAAGACUGGUGUUGGUUAUCCUCAAUUAUCUGCUGUUCUUGAAUGUGCUGAUGCUGCACAUGGUCUUAAUGGUCAUGUUAUGUCUGAUGGUGGUUGUACUAAUCCUGGUGAUGUUGCUAAAGCAUUUGGUGCUGGUGCUGAUUUUGUUAUGAUUGGUGGACUUUUUGCUGGUCAUGAUCAAUCAGGUGGUGAUAUUGUUGAAAAGAAUGGAAAAAAAUAUAAAAUGUUUUAUGGUAUGUCUUCUGAUACAGCAAUGAAAAAACAUCAAGGUUCUGUUGCUGAGUACCGUGCAUCUGAAGGUAAAACAAUUACUAUUCCAUAUCGUGGGGAUGUCUCUGAUACUAUUCAAGAUAUUCUUGGUGGUAUUCGUAGUGCUUGUACAUAUACUGGAUCUAAGCACUUGAAAGAACUUGCAAAACGUGCUACAUUUAUCCGUGUAACCAUGCAAACAAAUGAACAAUAUACUGCUUUCGAAGUAUAG